UCCUGUAGGUUUUCACUCCAACACUAUCAAAGCACACCUCAUUCUAGAGAUCUCAUUGCUAGAUAUCUCUGUUGCUAAUUAGUAGUGUCCUGACUUCCAGGGAGUAAAAAGUAUUUCCGUUUUAGCCAGGUUGAGCUUCAGGUGACAGUCUGCCACCCGGCAGAAGAUGCCAUUUAGGCAAGCUGAGCUUUGUAAUGUGACCAGUGUGUGGAAAGGAGAAAAGGGUAGGGAAAGCUGAGUAUCAUCAGCAUAGAAGAGGUGUGAGGAACCAUAGGAGGGCGGUGAGAGACCCAAGAGAUUGGGUAAAGAGGAAAAUAGGAGGAAUCUAAUGAUGGAGCUUUGAGGGACAUCCAUAGGAAGGUCACUGGCGUGAAAGGGUUCCUAAGAUGAAAAGCCAUCCUCUCAGGAACCCCUAAAGCAGGGGUUUUCAACCUUUCCUGAUCCAAGGACCCCCAUCCAGGCUCAAAGGCAUCCAGGGGACUCCCAUCAUAAGUUAAAAAGGCUUAUGUUUUUAUAAAAAAGAUAUCCAAAAUCAAAACUCCAUAUGAAAGCUUGGCGAAUUUGUUUCCCACAUUUUCUUCCCUUCUCAAGAGUUUGCCAAGCCUUCAUAUGAAGUUUUGAUUUUGGAUAGAAAAAGGAGACGUUAGCACAUGUGACACUGCAGCAGUGUUUGGUCCUGGGGCCCUUUUGUGGAUGCUGGUUUUCGCUCCAACCACAAUUUCAAUCUCAGAAAUGCAACAAGCUGUUAAUGUUUCUUAAAUGUUUCUUAAUCUACAUAUUUAGAGGGUUUAUUUGCCCUUUUAAGGAAUUCUAUGGCAAAAAUGGCUAUGCAUGCCACAAAGAAUAAAAGUCCCAUGUUCACAUUUGCAUUGUAUUUAAGAGGGUCAGGUAAAAAAUGUAUCUUAAAAUCCCUUUUUUAUUGGGGGACACUGCAUUCUCUAAAAAGUGAAAACAAAUAACAUUAACUUGUUGAAUAAAUUGAAGAAUAUUUAAUUUGCCCAAAACGACAUUGGGCUUCAUUCACAAAACAUUUCUUAAAUUAUUCUUACUUUUGUUAAUAAAAAUGUUCCCACAAAAAAAAAAAAAAAACAAUAUGGGAUUCAUGGCACGUGCUGACCUUCGUGUUUGUGCAUAUCGCAGGUGUAUGGGAUGAUGAAUACUGCCUAUUUAUAAGUUUUAUGUGCAAUCCCGUUCAUGUGAUUAGCAUUAAAUAACGGCCGUGAACAAAUAAGUCAAGAAAGAAAAAGAAUAAGAUACUAUCUUACACACGGUUUACAAUCGUGAUCGUACACGUUUCGCGAAUGAGGCCCAAUAAUGUCCUUUGUUCUGUAUCUUGUUUAAUUUUUUAGAAGAUUCCCCUGUAUUAUAUACGUCAAAAUGUUUAUAAUAAUAUUGAUUAUUCAAUCUGUUAAAUAAUAUAGUAAUUGACUUCAAUUCGGUGUGACUACAAUAUUCCCAUCAUUGUGACAUCACUUGUUUCUAAUAUGCUUUAUCGUACGCAUUUAGUAUUCUUAAGAAACACUUCAGCUUUUUUGCGCGAGAAAUUCUGUUUCUUUUAUAUUGUUGUUUUGGUGUGUUGGUGCGUAAAAUUGGUUGCAAAUUUACUGCUAGGGAAGUCGUUCAAACUCGGGGCACUCGUAUGAUGAUGACGCAGCGUCUGCAUCUCUCACUCAUAUCAGCCUCCUUUACUGACGCGAUCCACCAUCCACGCAGUCCGCUCUGCCUCGCUCUCUAUCUGCACUUUAUCCAUCCACUCUGAACGAAAAGCAUUUCGUUCGUUACUCACCAACUAAAACAAGCUGUGGAUAUGAAACGUGGCUAUCGUUACAGUCUGUCGGGGGAAACAUGGACAGGAUACUUAAACUUUUACCGAUGCACUUUAUAUGUAUUUAUCUUAAGUUUGGAACUACUGACAACCGUAUCAGAGCCCGCAGACCCAGGUGUGUUUGCGUUCUAUAGUGAGGAGGCGCAGGGCUGCCUGGGGGUGGAAGGCUCUAUCCUGCGGUUGCCGGGGCAAUGUGAUCAGAGCGCCCAGCAGUGGACGUUUGGGUCCCACGGGCGGCUGUUCAACCUGGGCUCCUCCCUCUGCCUGGGGCUGGUGCCUGAGGAGGAGAGCGGGAAGCCCGGCUUGAGGAUGUUCGGCUGUGACCAGGAGCCCGCCCGCUCGCGCUGGCACUGCAAGCUGGUGCUGGAGAGCCUGAGCGCCCACGCGCCCCACGGCUUUUUCCCCACCAACCGCACCGGCUGGAGGCUCUACGGUGACCAGCAGGACCUGUGCACCAUGGCCUAUCACGAGACGUACACCAUUCAGGGGAACGCUAAUGGGCAGCCCUGCCACUUCCCCUUCCUGUACGACGAGCAGUGGUUCCACAGCUGCACCGGCGUCGCCCGUGAGGACGGGCACCUCUGGUGCGCCACCACCCUGGACUACGGCAAGGACGAGCGCUGGGGCUUCUGCCCAGUCCACACCAAAGACUGUGAGACGUUCUGGGACAUCGACACGCUAACCGGCAGCUGCUAUCAAUUCAACUUCCAGUCCACUCUCUCCUGGAACGAGGCGCGUAUCAGCUGCCGCCAGCAGGGGGCAGACCUGCUCAGCAUCACCGAGCUGCACGAGCAGAGCUACAUCAAUGGCCUGCUAACGGGGUACAGCUCCACCCUGUGGAUCGGCCUCAAUGACCUGGACCUCAACGGCGGCUGGCAGUGGGCCGACUCCGCCCCCGUCAAGUUCCUGUACUGGGAGCCCGAGCAGCCCAAUCACGUGGAUGAGGAGAACUGCGCGGUGAUCCGCACCGAGUCCACGGGCCGCUGGCAGAACCGGGACUGCUCCAUGGCCCUGCCCUACGUCUGCAAGAGGAGGCCCAAUGCCACUCUGGACCCCUUCAGCACUGACUCCUGGGUGGAUGAGGAGCAGAGAGACUGUGGGGCGGGGUGGCUCUCCUUCCAGGCCGGCUGCUACAGGCUGACGGAGGAGAAGAAGGACUGGGCUGAGGCACAGAGAAUCUGCCAGAAGAUGGAGGCCAACCUGGUCAGCAUCCACACCCUGCCAGAGCUGGAGUUCAUUAUCAACAACCUGAAGAGAGACGUGGAGCAGCUGUGGAUCGGGCUUCAUGACACCAAGGUGGACAUGAGCUUUGAGUGGUCAGACCACACGCCCGUCAUCUUCACCCACUGGCACCCCUUUGAGCCCAACAACUUCCGCAACACUCCAGAGGACUGCGUCACCCUCUGGGGACCUGACGGCCGGUGGGAUGACAGCCCGUGUAACGUCAUGCUGCCCUCCAUCUGCAAGAAGCAGGCGCAGCGGACUGAGGCACGCACACAGGACCACGGCUGUCAACCGGGCUGGAGGUGGCACAGCCCGUCCUGCUAUUGGGUGGCAGAGGAUCAGGUGACCUUUGAGGAAGCCAGGAAGAUGUGCAUUAGCCAGCAGGCAGGCCUAGUCCCCAUAACAAACAGGUUUGAGCAGGCCUUCGUCAGCAGCCUGAUUCUGGGCCGGGUGGGUGAUUCCUUCUGGACUGCCCUUCAGGACCUCAACAGCACCGGAACCUUCCGCUGGCUCAGCGGAGAUGAGGUCUCCUACACCAACUGGAACAGGGACCAGCCAGGCCUUGGUAAGGGUGGCUGUGUUACCCUGGCGACUGGUGUCAGCACAGGCCUGUGGGAGGUCAGGGACUGUGGCUCUGACAAAGCCAAGUAUAUCUGCAGGCAGAACCUGGACACAUCUCUGAGCCCUGAGACCCCUGCCCUACCCCCCGGCCCCGCCCCUACCCCCAGCCUCACCGGAGCCUGUCCCCAGGGCUGGAAAAGCAGCGGCACCUUACGCAACUGCUAUAAGGUCUUCCACUUCUCACAGCAGGACCAGAAGCAGAGCUGGCAGCGGGCUCACCUGUUCUGCCGGCAGCACGGAGCUCACCUGCUCAGCAUCGCCGACUUCGAGGAGGAGCAGUUCGUCUGGCAGGUCCUCCAUGAGGCUUUCGGGGAGUCGGAGGAUCACGAGCAGCACUGGUUCUGGAUUGGGCUGAAUCGCAGGAACCCGGAUGACAAGGGGAGCUGGAAGUGGAGUGACGGGCUGGGGUAUUCCUACCACAACUUUGGCCGCUACUUCCAUGAGUACGACAUCCGCCAGUGCGCCGUGGCCGACCUGGGGACCAUGCAGUGGAUGGCCAUACAGUGCGAGUCUGAGCUGGACUGGAUCUGCAAGAUUCCCAAAGGAGCUGUUAAGGCGGAACCUGAUGUCACUGAAGAGGAGUCCAGUAGUCAGCAGUGGUUGAAGUUCCAGGAUGCUGAGUAUAAGAUCUUUGACCAUCGGUCCACCUGGAACCAGGCCGAGCGGAUCUGCACCUGGUUCCACUCCUCCCUGGUUUCUGUGCAUUCACCUGAGGAGCACGCCUUCCUAAUGCAGACCCUACAGAAGGAGACCAAAGUGGAGGGGCACCUGUGGUGGGUCGGGCUGCACACCCAGGAGAAUGAUGGGCGCUUCUACUGGGCCGACGGCACUGUGCUCAACUACGUCACCUGGGCUGCCGGCAAGCCCCGCCCCAUCAGCCGCGACCGCAAGUGUGUGUACUUGACGGCCAACAAAGAGGAGUGGGGUGACCAGAAGUGCUUCUCUGACCUGCCCUACGUCUGCAAGAGGGUCCACAUCUCUUCUGUCAACCCGCCCACCAGACCCCCACCACCCCCGCCCGAGGGCUGUCCAGAAGGCUGGGCCCCUUUUCACCGCAAGUGUUACAAGGUGUACGGGCAUCAGGAUACAAAGCGGGUCACAUGGUCAGGAGCCAAGACCCUGUGCGCGACUCAGGGAGCUGGUCUGGCGGUGCUAACCAAUUCUCUGCAACAGGCUUUUCUCACCACUCUGUUGCCCAACAUCAGCUUCAGCCUGUGGAUCGGGCUCUCGGACGCAGAGAGGCAGUUCCAGUGGAUUAAUAAAGAUCGGCUCACCUACAGUAACUGGGCCCCUGGAGAACCUGUGGGCCGCAGAGACCCCGUGCUCACGAAGGCGGUGAACUGUGUGGUGGUGCUUCACGGGAACCCAAAGAAGAACGCUGGGAUGUGGGCGUCCCGAAGAUGCGAGGUGGAGAGGCACGGCUUCGUCUGUCAGAAGAGUAAAGAUCAAGCCCUGCCCCCGAGCGUGGACGCUUUCCCCCCCUCCGCCUCGGGACCGCUGGAGUUUGGGGGGGUGACGUACCGCGUGCUGAGCCGGCCGCUGGACUGGACGGGGGCGGUGCACGUGUGCGACUCGCUGAACGCCACGCUGGCCUCCGUGCAGGACCCCUUCCAGCAGGCCUACCUCACCCUGCUCUUAAGCACCCUGCGGUGGCCAGCCUGGAUCGGUCUCUACGGCAACGGGGCCCGCAGUUACUCCUGGCAGGGGGCAGGGCCAGUGACCUACAGCAACUGGUUCAAUGGGAAGCCAAGCCACACAAUGGGGUGUGGUCACAUGGUACAUACCGGCCAAUGGGGUGUGAGGCCCUGCGAGGAUAAAUUGGACUUUUCAGUCUGUCAGCUGAACACAGGGCCAGGCAGUGAUCAUCCCUGGCGUUUCUCUGGGUUCUGUCCCCGGCCGCUGGGCGGGUGGAGCUGGGUUCCCUUCCGCAACUUCUGCUACUCCUUCCACCUGGAGCGGCUGCAACAGCACCGGGAGGCCAACAAGACCUGCGCCAGUGUGGGUGCGGAGCUGCUGUCCAUCCUGGAUGAGACAGAGAACACGUUUGUGUGGGAGCACUUGCGGGGAUAUGAAGAUCAGGCCCAGGGGGUGUGGCUGGGUCUGUCCGUCAACAGCAGGGGGGGCAGCCUGGCUUGGCCGGACACCUGGGGGAAGAAGGAGGUGGGGUUCACCAACUGGGAGGUGCAGGACACCAAUCUGAGCAUGCUGUCGGCCAACACCUGCUUCUGGGUCCAGAGCAGCAGCGGGCUGUGGAUGCCUGGGCCCUGCACCAACCGCACGCAGGCCGUGGUCUGCAAGACCCUGCAGAGUGUGGAGUCUUCUGUGACGGUAGUGUCAAAUUCGGAGGGGUUCCCGGCUCUGGUUCCGGUGCUGGUGGGGAUUCUGGUUCUGGUUCUGGUUCUGCUCCUGGCAGUGGUGGCGUUCCUGUACCGUCGCGGCCGGGGGCAGUCCCGGGGCGCCUUCGAGGGGGCGCGCUACAGCCGAUCCAAGGCCUCACCCGAGGGGCAGCUGGAGAAGAACAUCCUGGUGUCAGACAUGGAGCUGAACGAGCAGGCCGAGUAGCCCUGGGACGGACGGACAGGGCGCAGGGGCAGGGGACGGACAGACGGACGCACGGAGACGCCCAGUCAUCGCUUGCCUCUCCACUGGAGAGGAGGAGAGAGCCCUGCGGAGCAAUGUGGGUGGAGCCGGAUUACAGACCCCGCCCCUCAGCCCACUCAGCAACGUGACCCUAGCCACACGUCCAUUUUAGACGCGCCCCUUUUCCUACAUGCACCCAGUUGGAUCCAUUUUAGACCCGCCCCUUUCCCUACAUGCACCCAGUCGGAUCCAUUUUAGACACGUCCCUUUCCCUACAUGCACCCAGUCGGAUCCAUUUUAGACGCGCCCCUUUCCCUACAUGCACCCAAUCGGAUCCAUUUUAGACACGCCCCUUUUCCUACAUGCACCCAGUCGGAUCCAUUUUAGACACGCCCCUUUUCCUACAUGCACCCAGUCGGAUCCAUUUUAGACGCGCCCCUUUUCCUACAUGCACCCAACCGGAUUCUGUUGUCUUGGUCAGCCCACAGGCCCACCCAUAUGAACGAUGCCAUAUGGUGGUCAUUACCGCCCCCCCCGAACAGUGCUGAAGUCGGCAGUGUACUGAAGCAUGUCUGUUACUCUGCUUUGCUACUCAAACGCGCAUACCUGAAGGAACACCUUCUUUUUGAAGCUGCUGUAAUGCUCUUGCUGUCUCACAUGAAUUGUGCCCUGCUGCAUUAAAUGCUGAGUCACUGCUGUUCCAGGUGAUGAGCUGCCAUGUUUUGUGGGCUAUGACAGCUUCCCUCUGUACUUAAGAACAUUAGAAUAUAAUGAUGAGAGGAGGACAUUCAGACAGUCGAUGCUCAUCAUUUACCUACAGUGUAGACUCUAGAGAGCAUCCAGCACCAUGUCAAACCUGGAUCUGAAUACCUGUUAUACACAUACCAGCCCUCUAUUAUGACACAUCCAAGUAUAUCUGCAGUGAAGCUGAAGUUUUUGAGCAGUGCAGCUAUUGUGAAUGAAUUAUUGUUGGGAAAUGUAAAUUCUGGGUGGGGCUGCCCUGGUCUCUGCUACUCCUUCUCCGUUUGUGAAAGGGGGGGCCUGCGUUUUGGGUAUUGCUUGAGUAGAGCUGCUGACUGACCUUCAGAUUUCAAACAGGUAGGAGAGUGCUGGAGAAACAGGCCACAGUGAGAUAUGUGAUUCAUAAUCGGUGUGACUCCACAGUGAGAGAUGUGAUUAAGAAUCGGUGUCACUCUGGUGAGAGAUGUGAUUAAUAAUCGGUGUCACUCUGGUGAGAGAUGUGAUUAAUAAUCCGUGUGACUCCACAGUGAGGGAUGUGGUUAAGAAUCGGUGUCACUCUGGUGAGAGAUGUGAUUAAUAAUCGGUGUCACUCUGGUGAGAGAUGUGAUUAAUAAUCCGUGUGACUCCACAGUGAGGGAUGUGGUUAAGAAUCGGUGUCACUCUGUGGUAGAGAUGUGAUUAAGAAUCGGUGUGACUCCACAGUGAGAGAUGUGAUUAAGAAUCGGUGUCACGCUGCAUGUAGUCGCCCUAUCUGCAGCCAUGGUAACAGCGCUCCGGUCGCCAUGUUUGCUCAUGCCGUAAGCGGCCCUGCCAUUUGAAAAAGCAGACUUCUUAUGUUAAACAGCUGCGACUUGAAGCUGCAGUGAUUAGUUAUUACUCAGAAUUACAGGCAAGUGCUACUACACAGUACAUUAUACAUAACAAAAAACAAAAAAUCACUGAAUCACUAAAAUUUCUUAAAUUAAAAACUGGCCUUAGAGUGGGUUGUAUGAUCAGACCUGCACUUACUGUAUGUUGCUUCGGAUAAAAGCAUCUGCCAAAUAAAUGUAAUGCAAAUGUAAUGUAAUCAGAUAAAUUGAAAAUGGUAAUUGUCAUGAGUUAUACAUGAACAUUCACCAAUCACUGGUGGUUAUUGAGCCAGGAAAGAGCAUGAAUUCUGUACCUGACUCUCACGCCGUCUGCCAUUGGUCAGUCAGUCACUUGCUCCUGCAAUGAGAAAUACUCUCACGUUGUCUACCAUUGGUCAAUCAGUCACUAGCUCCCAAGCGGCCAAAACCAGACUUCGUUUUUGAAGCUCAUUUCCUGGACUUGUUGUUCCUGGUUGCUCACUAGCACCACUACGAUUGGCUCCAGUAUAGGUGUUUUCAUAUCCGGUUUCCAUG